AUGACUGACGUCCAGCGACAAAAGAAAAUUUACACGCCGGAUAUACAAUCAAGAAAUGAGGUCCCUGAGUCCGAGAUCAACUGGGACGAACCGGAUUCGGUGACUAACCAGUCAGUGUUUAUCGAUGCGAAUCAAAAUGUGCCCACCAUCGAGGAAUCUGAAGUGACUAACAACAGUGUCACAAACCCAGCAGAAAUAAUGACUGGGGAGGAAACCAACUCGGCUCAGAUUCUGUCUCCUAUUGCUGUGGACUAUGAGGAAGAAAAAUCCGAUGAUAUGUCCCAACCUCCGACUUGUGAAAUUUCUAUCGAUGCUGGCGUCGAUAAAGAUUCGAAUACAGAAGGUACCCGCAAUGAGGAUCCAGAGAUUGAGGAGGCAAAUGCAGAAGAACAGCCUGACUCCGCGCCUAAAGAGCACGUAUUUCGCAUUGCAGUUGAGGACGACAUGCAGGAGGACAACAAAGCUGAUGAUCAGAUUUAUUACUUACCGCUAGCGAUUGGUGCUUCCGGUGGAAAACCAGAGGCAGAUAAUUUAGAUUUGAGCAAAAUACCCGGUCUGGGAACAAACAACCAGUCUGAUAAUGUUUUACGGGAUUUGGGAAAACCCCUAUCCCAGAUGGCGGAUUCAGUGUUAUCCACUCAUUCAGUUUCAAAUGAAUCAAUCUCAAACGCUGGAUCUCGACCUCUUUCACAAGCAGAGAGCACAACAAUGACUGGAAGUACAACCACAUCUAGUUUUCUCACAUCCAAAUCCACUCUAGUUACUGACAGUCUGUUAAAGACUGGUAAUAUUCCUGAAAGCAUAACACAACAAUUCAAUCAAAUUGCCAAACUGAACAAGAGUAGUCUUCGGAGUCGUCGAACAGUAAGGACCACCACAACGAGGGUGACCCCAGGUCAGAUCACUAGUGUACCAGUUUCCUCAACUGUUUCGGACACUAAUGUACAAGAGUCACGAUCUGACAAGACAAGUUCUCCUACCGGUCGAUUUACAUCCGAGAUUCCAAUAUCUACCCGUGUGGUUCACGGAAUCCAGAGUUCCACCAGUUCUUUACCCUCACUGGGCACCGCUGGAAGUAGUUCGACUGGUGCAGCUAUUAGCUUGGAGCAUCAAACCACUGUCCCGGCUGGAUCCGAUCCCGGAUUGCAAAUAGAAUCUUCGAAAGAGUCUACCGGACCAUCUGGUUCUCCGCCAAUGAAAUCUGACGGCUCAACACUUCCAUCGUCCACGUCGGUCGAAGAUCAAGUUCGAAUAUCGGACAAUUCAUAUGUAACUCUGUCCUACAUGAUUCCACUGAAACAAGAAAAAAUAUUGGAUGAUCAACAAGUGGAUACGAUUUUUUACAAAAUCAACGAACUUUUCAACUACCAUCUGAGCUUCUUGAAUACACUUCAAAUGUGGGAACUCACAAAUACGGUUGGUGACAAGCUCCUAGACAUGCGCCGACAACUACGAGCAAUUUAUUAUUCUGUGCUCAAACGAUUGGUUAUUUUCUCACCACCGGAUCUGAAGCUCGAAGUUGCUCGUUUGAAGUCAAGCCUUCGCUUGGCUGCGAAUGAAGCAAAACCUCCAAAGGCAGCUUAG